AUGGCGCCUUUGACGUUUGUCGACCUGCUGGCAGUCCUCAAGGGCGAGGUGCCGCCGCCCGACAGCCGUGCCCUGGUCUUCAGUCUGCCGCUCAGCCAUCGACAGCUCAAGGAGCUGACCCCGCUGCUGCAAGAGAAUCAGUGGCUGCGCAGCCUGAAGCUGCGCGGUUGCCGCCUGGACAACGACGCGGCGAAUGAACUCAGCCGCGGGGUCGCCUUCAACGUUGCUUUGCGCACGCUCGACCUGCGGGACAAUGAGAUUGGCGGUGUGGGCGCCAACUAUCUGGCCAAUGCGUUGAGGACUCACAACUUUACGCUGCUGUCCCUCGACCUGUCAGGCAACCCCGCGCUCGUCGAGGACCCAGAGGCAAUGCAGCAGAUUGCCAUGUCUCUUCACCGCAACAGCCAGAACCGUGCAGACUCGGCCCCCCCAUCGCCCACCUCAAAUAGCAGGGCCUUGGUGCGGAUCCAGGAGGUGCCUCCUGAGACCCCUGCCGGCCGCACUAGGCUGAGCCUCAGCGAUGGCGAGAUGGAGCGCAGGUUCCAGGAGCUGGAGCGUGCCCAGGAGGCGCAUCGGGCAGAGCUGGCGUCCGUGGCAGAGGCGGGCGCUGAGCUGGCGCAGUACCGCGCCACGCUGGAUUUGGCCAGCCAGCAGAUGGCAAUGGUGUUGGAGCUGCUGCGGGGGGACGUCGAGGGCCUGAAGGCUCGGCUGGAUGGGCAGCCACAGGGCGACGCUGUGCCAUCCAACACUGCCGUCCGGCUGGAGCAGCGGUGCAGCGAGAUGCAGGAGGCUUUGGUGCGGCUGCAGGAGCGGGUGGAUGGCGGCAGCCAGCAGGCUGCGGCUCAGCAGGAGAUCAGCCUGCUGAUGGAUGCGGUGCAGCUUCUAGAGGCAAAGCUGGCCAGGUUGGAGGCCGACGGCAGCGCCAGCGUGGCGGCGCAGCAGGAGCAGGGUGUGCAGGAGCUCAAGCAGCAGGUGGCGCUUGCAACAGAGGCGGCGAACAAGGCGGGCGGCGAGGCGGACGCCGUGGCAUCUUCGAUGAAGGCGGUGGGCGCGAGCAUCAAGGCGCUGCAGGGCGAAUUGGCCGCCAACACUGCCAGCUUCAUGAGCACGCAGCGGCAGGCGGCGGGCGCCGCAGAGGGGGUGGCUGCGCUGGAGCAGCAGAUGCGCACCCUGCAGCUCAGCCUGGAUGCCAUGGAGCAAGCCCUGGACGGGGCGGAUGUGGGGCAGCAGCUGGCGCAGCUGCAGGAGCGCGUGGCGGCUCUCACGACCGUGCAGGCGGCGGCCGCCGCGGCGAUGCAGCAGGCGGAGCGGCUAGGUGCCAGCCUGGCAGCGGUGGAGGAGCAGCAGGGGGAGGUGGCGGCACAGGUGCAGGCGCUGGAUGCGGCAGACCUGCCAGACCGUGCCGCGCGGCUGGAGGGCAUGGUGGCAAAGCUGGAGGCUGCUGCUGGCGAGCAGGCGGCCGCUGUCAGCCAGCUGGCGCCCGCUUCUGCCGUGGAGACGCUGCGUCAGAGCUCGGCAUCUGCCCUGCAGGAGGCGGUGGGGCAGCUCUCGGCGGCGCAGGCAGAGCACACCGCAGCUGUGGCAGCACAGCUGGCCGCUCUGCCUGCACCUUAUGACGACGGCGCUCUGCAGGCCCGGGUGGCCGCGGCGGAGGCUGCCUUGCAACAGACACAGGAGGCCCUGGCUGCCCUCCGGACAGAGGAGUUAGACCAGCUGAAGGACGAGGUGCAGGCGCAGCUGCAGGCGAUGGCAGAGCAGCAGGCAGCAGCUGUGGGGCAGGCGGCGACCCAGGCCGCAGACGGCCUGGCUGAGCUGUGCCAGAGCACGCUGUCACGUCACGCUGCCCUGGAGGCGGCCGUGGAGGAGCAGCAGGCGCAUGCGGCUGAGCGCCUGGCAGCCCUGGAGGAGGCGCUUGCGGCUGCCCCGCCAGCUACGUACGAUGACGGUCCGCUUCGGUCUGUUGUGGUGGAGACGGUUGCGGCGGCUCGCGCAGAAAUGAAGCUGGCGAUGGCCCUGCUGGUGCCACGCAAGGAUGUGGAGCAGCUGCACGAGGAGGGCGAGGCGCAGCGUGCUGCGCUGGCAGAGCGCCUGGCGGCUCUGGGUGUCGAGCUGGCGGCAGUGAAAGCGGGCCAGGCCGCGGCAGAGGGGCGCACUGCCGCGGCAGAGGCGCUGGAGCAGGUGCGCGAGGCGGCUGAUGAGCGUCUGGCUGAGCUGGCAGCACAGGUGGCGGCACUCGAGGAAGCGCAGGCGGCCAGCGCGGCACUGGCGCCUGUCGCAGUUGCCGACGUGGAGCAGCUUCGCUUGGUCGCACAGCAGGCGGCAGCGGGGGUGGAGGAGCUUCGCGGCACUUUUGGCGGCCAGGUGGCGGCUUUGGUGGAGCAGGUGGCGGCUGCACAGCAGCAGGCAGAGCAGGCACGCGGCGGCGUGGAGGAUCGGCUGGCCGCUGCUCAGGACGACGCGCAGCUGGCAGCACGGCGCCUGGCAGCCUUGGAAGCAGACUCUGGUGCACUUGCUAGCGUCGGCGCGGUGGUGCCAGCAGCUGCGCUUGCCGAGGUGCAGCAAGAGUGCGAGCAGGCGCGUGUGAGCACGCAGCAGCUGGCUGCGGCGGUGGAAGGGGGCCUCGCCGAGCUGCGGGCUGACCUGGAGCAGCACCGUGCGGCUGUGCUGGGGCAGUGCACCGAGCUGCAGGAAGGCCUGGAGGCUGUUCCUGAAUACGAAGGCAGGCUGGCUGCGGUUGAGGCCGGGCUAUCCCACGCCACAGAGCGCCUGGCAUCGUCGGCUACGGCCGCAGACCUGCACGCGACGGCUGCUCAGCUGCACGACGCCCUCGAGGCGGGGCGGGCGGCUGCAGCUGAGCAAGCGUCGGCGCUCAAGGCGGCGGCCGAGGUUCAGCAGGAGCAGCUGGCUGCGCUGCAGGCCGGGGCAGCGCUGGCUGCGGAGCAGCUGAGCGGGGCGGCGACCGCAGAGGCGGUGCGGCAGCUGCAGCAGGCCACCGAGGCGCGGCAGGCUGAGGUGGCAGAGCAGCUGGCGGAGCUGGGGGGCGCCUUGAAGGCUGCAAAGGUGUCGAUGGCGGCGCAGCACAACCAAAUUUCAGCGCUGGAGGCUGCAGUCGGGGAGCGCGCUCCGGCCGAGGCCGUGUCCAAGCUGCGGGGCGCUGUGGAGGCUCAGCACAUGGUGGUGGCAAAGCAGCUGGGGGAGCUGCUGUCCAGCCUUCAGGCCGCCACAGACGGUCAUCGGGAGGAGUUGGAGGGGGCGCGGGCGAGUGUACAGGCGGCGGAGAGCAGCGCAGCAGACGCGCUGGCGGCGCUGCGCCACGCUGUGCAGCAGGCGCAGCAGGAGGCGGCUCAGGGCAUCACCAGCGCCGCCGCUGCGGUGUUAUGCCAGGAGGCGGUGCGCCCUGUGGAGGAGCGCUUGGCGGCGGUGCAGCGGCAGCAGGGAGAGGCGGCUGCGGGCAACAGCGAAGCGCUGGCGCACCUGCAGCAGGCACUGGAGGGCCUGCAGGAUGGCCUGACUGCCUUCCGCCAGGCAAGCACUGAGCACAGUGUACUGGCUGACACGGUGGGGGAGAUGCGGGGUAGUGCGCUGGCGGUAGCGGCGGCGGUGGCGGGGCGCAGUCCCCAGGUGCUGCCGUCGCCGCUGCCGCCGCCAAUCGGCGGUCUGCCCUGGACGGCGUCGCCCGUGCCCUCGCUGCCGCUGGGCAUGGUGCGCCACACCGAUGCGCCUGCAUCUUCCGACAUAGCCUCCUUCCCGCUCACUGACCGCACUCUGUACAAAGACUGCGAGUCGGAGGGUGAAGAUGAGGAAGGGCAGUGGACCACAGCAGCCGCCCCGCCAGAGGCUCACAUGCUUCACCGCCAGCACAUCCGGCUGGAGGGUGUGCUUGAGGCGGAGCUGCUGUGCCUGAAGCAACUGCUGAUGGGCGGGUCCCCGCUGGUGGCUGGCCGGAUGGGUGCCGUGGCUUUGACCCCUGCCGGCCAGCGCUUUUUCGAUGCAGAGUCAGUGCUGGGAGACCCCUCGCCCGCCACUGCUAGCCGCCCCUGGCGCCUGGCGGCCACCCCCGCCGGAUCCUCGGCUGCGUGGGCGGCAGUCGCAGGCAGCAAGCUGGCUGCGGCUGCUGCUGUGGCCGAUGCCUCGGGCCCACUGGCCUCCCUGGAGACUCAGUUCCACAGCGCCGCUGCUGGGCCCCGCCCCGGAUCUGCCGGCUUUGGAGGAGACAUCACCAACACCAACAAGGGUGCAGCGCAGUGCGCCGCUGGCCCAUGCGAAGAUGACAUAAAAGAUGCUUUGGGCAACGACUGCCCCAUGAGCGCGGAUGGCGACAUCGACCUGUCCAAAGGCGGCUCUUGCUGCGAGGCCUUGCCCAGAGCAGGCGAAGACUGCUGGGCAGCCAUGCAGAGCGAGAGCGGCGCCAAGAUUGUCACCAUUGGAUCCCUGGAAGGGCUCACCAUCUCCGAGCUGGCAGAGCUUCUGGCAGAGCGGCAACAGGAGUGCCUGGCAGGGUUUGACACCGCGCUCAACACCUCCUGCUCCAGCGCCGAGGUCGGGCCCUGCUGCGAGACGUUGGCAGGAUUCGGCCCCGACUGCCUGGGCUACAUUGGAACCAACAUGGCAGACAACUCCGGCUACGAGUAUGCCGACCUCUUUGAUGCCUUCAACCAGACGCUGUGGAUUUGCGACCUGGCGGUGGAUGUCAAUACCCACAGCAGGCUGGACAUCGGCGUGGGCCCGUAUCGCCCCUCAGCAGGCCCAGCAGAUGAGGAGUGCACGGGCGAGCUGGAGGGUGCGCUGGCCAUCUGUGCAGACAACUCCACAGAGCGCCUCACAUGCUGCUCGGCGCUGGCGGAGCUUGGGCCUGGCUGCCUUGCCACGCUGGAAUCGCUAGUCUCCGACGAUACGGGCCUGGUGGCAGGCCUGGGAAGAGUGCUUGAGCUGACGUUGGCGGCACACCAGCGCCGGGGCUUGCGCCACUCUUGUCCCGACGCCUGCUGA